CGUAAACGACGUGCAACUGGCAGGGAUUUAAGUGGCGUUUUUGAAAAAAUUCGCCGAUUACGAGAAACGGGAGGCUCUCGUGCACAGGAAUAUGAGAUUCAAGAGCCAGAACCAAUUUACAUCGAAGUUGAUGAGGAUGAAUAUCAAGAGCAUCUUAAAGAAAGAGAACAAGACAAUUUCAUCGAAGAUGAUGAUGGCAAAGCAAAUUCAUUUGCUGAAGAUGAUUUGGGAAAAGCAUAUUCAGAUGAAUCUGAUUACGAUGACCGUUCAAUGGAUGGAAAAAGGAAAAAAUUCAAAGAGUUGGAGGAUGUGGCAGAGGUUCGACCGAAUGCAAGGCUUAAUAGUUUUUUUCAGCGGGCUGCCGCCACGCAAAACUCAAAACCAAAAAUAAGCGAUUAA